AGGGGGUAAGGCAAGGACGGCGUGCGGGAACAGGCAUGAGUUGGAGCGCCCCGAGCAGCGCGUGGCUGAGAUCUUGGGGAGCUCCGCUGUACUGGCUGCGGCGGCCGCUCCAGCUGGCGUCUUCGGCGAGUCCAGCCCCGGCUGCCUGGGGCGGUGCUCGGCCCCGACCCAUCGUGGACAUGUCCUACUCCCGUCACUUUCUGGAUUUCCAGGGCUCGGCCAUUCCCACCUGCAUGAAGAAGCUGGUGGUGACGAAACUGAGCGCCAACUUCCGAGAAGCUGUUACCUUGCGCCAUGAUGUGCCUGUGCCACUCCCGGGAGACGGCGACUUGCUUGUCAGAAACAGAUUUGUUGGCAUUAAUGCAUCUGAUAUCAACUACUCAGCUGGUCGGUAUGACACAACAGUUAAGCCCCCAUUUGAUAUAGGUUUUGAAGGAAUUGGAGAAGUAGUGGCUUUGGGAUUGAGUGCAAGUGCUAGAUACACGGUGGGCCAGGCAGUGGCCUAUGUCAAAGCUGGGGCUUUUGCUGAAUACACUAUUGUGCCUUUUAAAGAAGCUAUUCCAGUGCCUUCUGUGAAGCCUGAGUUUCUGACACUACUGGUAAGUGGAACUACUGCAUAUAUCAGUCUGAAGGAGCUCGGAGAAUUGUGUGAAGGGAAGACUGUUCUGGUGACAGCAGCAGCUGGAGGGACUGGCCAGUUUGCUGUGCAACUUUCAAAGAAGGCCAAAUGCCAUGUCAUAGGAACAUGCUCCAGUGAUGAGAAAUCUGGUUUUCUAAAAUCCAUUGGCUGUGAUCAUCCCAUCAACUAUAAAACCGAAAAUGUCACUGAGGUCCUGAAGAAGGACUACCCACAAGGUGUGGAUGUAGUAUAUGAAUCUGUUGGUGGAAAGAUGUUUGAUUUGGCUAUCAACUCCUUGGCUAUCAAAGGGCGUCUGAUAGUUAUUGGGUUUAUCUCUGGCUACCAAACACGGACUGGCCUUCAGCCAGGAUAUGUUGAGAUGCUGCCAGCAAAACUACUAAAAAAAUCUGCCAGCAUCCAGGGCUUCUUCUUAAACCAUUACUUUUCUGAAUACCCAAUGGCUAUGAAACACUUGCUCAAAAUGUGUGAAAACAGAGAACUGGUUUGUGAGGUGGACCUUGGAGAGAUGUCUCCAGAAGGCAAGUUCACUGGCUUAGAGUCUGUAUUCUGUGCUAUAGAUUAUAUGUACAUGGGAAAAAACAUUGGAAAAAUUGUAGUUGAAUUACCUCAUUCUGUCAACAGUAAGCUGUAAAAACAGAACAAUGAUAUAAAUCAAAAAAGAGAGAAUGGUCACUUUAUGCCUCACAAUAACUAAAACAGUAUAAUUUUU